AUGCGAUUCACUUCUAUCUUCCUUCUCUUCGUUUUGGCUACUGCUCGAGCCACGCCAGUAACAUAUCACUUGUCGCUCGGUUCUCCGAAUGAGGUCCUUUUAUUCGACGCGCCCGCCUUUCAGGACCCGGAUAAUAUUUCCAACAGUCUCGUCAGCUUGCAAUCCUUCGUCUAUUUCAAACAGCCCGAUUUAACGGCCUUGACGAGUACCCUCACCCCGUGGCUGACAUUGCUGAAGGUUAGCGGUAUCGACACGGCACUGGAGAGACUAAAGUUGUUUGCUGCCGUUGGAGUGCCAGGUGUGUCGCUUUCGGUGGACGUCGCCGGGUGCAAUGAGAAGGCGACGCUGUCUGCCACGUCGGGCUUACCAGACCUUGGAUUGGCUGCGACUAAUGCAUCCGUGGGACACUGCAAUGGAGGAAGCACUUUUACUGGGACGUUGUCCCAUGCUGGCGAUACGGUCACUACAACGAUAUUUCCAUCAGGCACUGAUGGCUUUGGAGUUAUUUCCGACAUCGACGAUACCGUUAAAGUGACCCACGUUCUGGACCGGCUUGAAUCCAUUAAGACAACUCUCUUCGAUACUCCGGAGCCUGUAUCAGGCAUGCCUGAUCUGUACGCGUCUCUUGCUCAGUCACUCAACGAUCCUGCAUUCAUCUAUAUCACGGGAUCUCCUUACCAGCUCUUCCCAUUCCUUCGCGACUUUUUGAAUACGUCUUUCCUCAAGAGCCGCGGUCCUAUCUUUUCACAGAAUGUGACCCUCGAAGAUGUUACCCAAGUCAUUGAUGUCCUCUUCAACCCCAACGACAUCUUGAACUUCAAGCUCUCUCAGAUUGAUCGCGUCCAUGGCAUAUACCCGGGCAAGACGUUUUUAACUGUCGGCGACUCGACACAGUCGGACCCAGAGGUAUAUGCUGAAGCGUACAGGAAGUACGGCGACUUUAUCCGAUGUAUCUGGAUUCGCCAAGUGGAUGGUGCCAACAAUACCGACGCGAGAUUUGUUACCGCUUUCCAGGGUGUUCCAGAAAGCAAGUACAGAAUUUACACGGAUGGUGACAUUGCCGGCCUUGCAAACAUUGAUGUUGCAGGAGGUACAUGUUAA